UUCUUGUAACUUUCUUAGUUAGAUAGUAAGACUCUAGGUAGUUUCGAAAAUAUCGAAUUCAUCAAAAAAUAAAAAUAAAAUUGAAACUCUAUUUUUCUCCUAUCUUGUUUUUUCUUUCAAUUCUAUGUUUGUUUAUAUUUAUUGGGUAAGGCUUUUUGCACUUCAACUAUAGUAAAUAGUUAGUUUGAUCAAGGUAGAAGAGUAUGUAAAUUGAUUGAAUACUACAUGUCGGAGAAACUGCAACUGGCUCUCGUGGAUUCGGCUAUGUCACCGUUGCUACAGUUGAGGAUGCUAAGAAACGCCAUCAAAAGAACGAUCAAGGGUAAAUUCGUCAUUUUGCUCAAAGACAAAAGAAAGAAUCAGCUUUUUCUUGGCCUUUCUAGAACACUCGGUCGUUUCAUUUCUUUGUUCCAACAAUGGAGAAUUUCUAGAAGACUCCUCCCAAGUGUCCAUAAUUUUCUUUCAUCCAAACUUAAAUUCAAAGGCCUACUCAUUAGCUUCGUCUUCGUAUCUGAACGUGCAUUCUUAGGAAUUUUUCAAUAGGAAAGCACCAUUUCUCAAGGCAAUAUGGUAAUGCCAUUAUCUAUGAGCAACAAUAUCUAUAGAUGCAUACCAAUUUUUUAA